CUUCAAUGCUCUGGAAUCGCCUGGGAAACUGUUCUGGGUGGAUAAAUAUGUGGACGCAGUCACCAUGCUUUGCAAAGGUCUCGUGUUGUCGCAACUGGCGAUCCCAGUGGUGUCACUGCUGAUCGGCUUCCUAGCGUACACGUCGCAGUACUUCUUUCUACAUUUCCAGCAAGCACCACUCCAGAAGAAUGAAGCUUGGUGGCUUAAUAUUCUUGCUACUUGCAUUUGGAUAUGUUACUAUCGAGCGUGCACUGUAGAUCCAGGGCAUAUCCCCAAGAAUUGGAAGCCGGCAGACGGUAAACAGCCACAUCCCAGCCAGGAGGACAUUGGACGGCAACGGUGGUGCCGUAGAUGCGAAGCUCUCAAACCACCACGGGCACAUCAUUGCAAGAAAUGUGGGAGAUGUAUUCCCAAGAUGGACCACCAUUGUCCAUGGACAUCAAACUGUGUGUCGCAUUUUACAUUUCCACAUUUCAUUCGGUUCCUAUUCUACACCGUGUUUGGGACAGGGUACCUUGGGACUCUACUGUUUCGGCGAGCAUCCAUUGUAUGGGCUGAUAGAAACUUGCCUGGUUACCUAGGACCUAGUUUAAGUCAAUUAGUGCAUCUGUUUAUUCUCAUUGUUGUCAACAGUUUUAUUUGUUUUGCACUAUUUAUCCUCUUUGUCCGGACUGUCUGGUCUCUUGGGUCGAAUGUCACUACCAUCGAGUCGUGGGAGAUUGAACGACACCAGACGCUCGUCCGACGAGCGCGGUAUUUUGGGGGGUUCCUUGAUGGACCUGGAGGUGUCAAGAUAAGGAUCAAGAAACAGGAGUUUCCAUACGACAUUGGAAUUUGGGCCAAUAUCAAGGCAGGGAUGGGUGGAAGUAGAAAUAUUCUUGGUUGGUUCUGGCCAUUGGCGGCAAGCCCGGACCGCAGUACGGGACUGGUUUAUGAAGUGAACGAAUUCGAAGAUCCUGGUCUCUCAUGGCCACCACCAGACCCUGAUCGGAUUCCCCGACCCACCAGGCCUGUGGGUGAUGACGGUGCGUUCACGAUGCCACAGUACAGCUCUGCGCGUGAACAGCUUGAAGCGUUCAACCAGCGUCAACAGGAGGACUUACAACGUCGGCGUGUUUAUUCCCAGGUUCAAAGACGUCGUCGUUUCCAUGAACGGUUAGAGCAUCAGGUCGAACCUGGGAGCGACUCAGCAGAGACAUGGUCAGAGAAUGAUGAUAGUGCAGAGGGUGAGGAGAGCUGGCGGAAUUCCGAAGGAGAGCGGCUAGGCGAUUUUGGAGUAGAUGAGGAGGCUGAGUUCUACGACGAGGAAGAUAUUCCACUGGGAGUUCUCGUUGAACGGCGAGGGAAUAGGUUUAAGGAAUGAACUAUGUUCAUUUGCAUUGCAGAUAGCAACAUAAAAUAACAAUCGACAAGACUCAAAGACUCAGUUUACCCUUGUCGCAAUUCCCCUCAG